AUGGAUCCUAGCGACCACUUCUUCACAACGCAAGACCUCCAUCACCAGUAUCACUUUGACGCAGGCAUGCAUCAUGUCAUGCCACACCACCAGCAAGACAAGCUGAACAUGGCAAUUCCCAUUUUCUCAGCCGACGCUGCCAACGCCGCCUUUUUCCACGUGCCAACACAGUCCAUGGCCGGCUUAACAGGGCCAGGCAUGACGCCGCCCCCAGCGCCGCAUCAGUACCGCCAGGACUCACCCUCCAGCACGCACAGCGGGGGGUCUGUUUCAAAGUACCGCGGCGCUGCCCGAUCGCCGGACGGCGAUGAUUUCGAUGCCGGCAGUGACGAAGCGCAAGCAGCCAUUAGACGACACCGCAACACAAUGGCGGCGCGGAAAUACCGGCAGAAACGCCUCGACCAGAUCGCCGAUCUGGAGCGGGCAUUGAGUGACGUGACUAGCGAGCGUGAUGACCUCAAGCUGAAGCUCGCAAGACGUGAAGCCGAAGUAGAGGCACUACGAGAGAUACUCGGUGGAAAAAAGAGAUGA